AUGGAACGGGGUUCGCCCCAUCGGCAACCUUCGUCCCCUCUUCGAACGAAUAAUCGAUUGCGACUUUGCGCUUAUGUGUCAUCGGAGGAUAUAUCUCAUGGACGUGUACAGCUAUCACCCCCAACUAUAGGAACUAACCAGCCACAAAUACAUAUUGCUGGGAGUACCAAAUCACAUUCUAAAUCCGCUUUUGAAAAUGUUUACAACACAUCAAAUAGCCAGAAUGAAAUAGCCACCUCACUGCUGCCUGAACUUCUUCAUACAUUUUUUAAUGGAAAUGACUGCUCAUUAUUGUCCUUCGGAGGAAAGUCUAAAGGCAAGACAGGGCUUCUGUAUGGAAAUGGUCCCGCAUCUCCAGGGAUUGUUCAAACAACAGUUGAGUCUGUAUUUAAUAUGAUAGAAGAGUGCAGAGGAAAACAGAAUGAUAUCCGUUUGCAAUUACGACUAUCAGCAUUACAUUAUUCACAAAGAGAGAAUACUUUAACUGAUCUACUUAGCACUUUCAAUCCUGAUCCAAGGCGACGCCCGGUGCGAAUAGCCGAGGAUAGCAGAUUUGGCACAUUGGAUAUCGAAAAUGAGAGUUUAAUCAAAGUAGAAUCAUCAGAACAAGCUUUAUUCUAUCUGAAUAGUGUAAUUGACCAUCGUCUUGUUGAGGACGAAGAGACAUAUCGUACUAAUCAUUUAUUCAUCUUCUUUUCUUUAUAUGGAUAUAAGACUAAUGGGGCUGAACUUGAAGUUGAAGGCGGCAGAAGAAGAUUCUGCAUAGCUGAUGUUGGAAUAGGAGAACGAAAUUCACAAAAAGGCGAUCUAACUAUGCCGGUUAUAGGAAGUAUUUUACUUGCAUUGCUACAGGGACAAAAGCAUUUGCCUUCAAGAGAAAAUACGUUGUGUCAAUUAAUCCGUUGUGGAUUAUAUUCAUCUCGUCUCUCAACACUUCUUUGCACAUUUUCUACAAAAACUGACGACAACGAGAAUAUUCUUCAAUUGGCAUCAAAAUUGGCAAGAGUACGUCGAAAUAAGAUUCACGUUGCUAAGCCAUCCGCAGAUAGUGGCUCCACUGUGUCUGCAAGCAAACGAUCAGAGCUUGAAAGUGGAAGUGAAAUGAGCACUGUCGACACUGUCAUCUAUAUGGGACCGUCAUCUGGAACAUCAUCUUCUGGACCUCGAACGCUACAUCGUUCACCAAAAAUCAUUCCACCGCGGAGUCCAAGUUUAAGUUCAAAGGUGACUCAAACAUCAGACAGCUCAACCCGUACAUGUUCAACUUCUAUUCCACCCAUGCUGCAGGGCCAUACACCAUUUCUAUCAGCAACACUGAGAUUAUACAAUGAUUUGUGUUCUCCCCCAGGAACUUCAUAUGAAGUUUCGAAUGCUUUCGGAGGGAAAUGUAACGAGAAUCGAGAUGAUUUCGGAAUCACCAUUGCACCACCGAAAAAAUUGAAAAGCAGGCCAAGUAUGGAUGAUGAAAAGCGCAUGGCUAUUAUGGAUUGGAUCGAGCAAUGUGAUCACGGUAGUUUAUGUAUCGAAGAUGAUCGCAUAUUCGAUGGAUCUGGAGUCAAAGAAUGUGUAAUUCUAUCUCAUCCGCUAGAAGAUAUCAUUGAAAUGGACGAGGAGUCUUUGAAAGAAUCAUUGAGAAGCCGUAGAGAUUCUCAUCCUCUCAGAAUUUUGAGUAAAGAAGCUUUAGAUAAAAUUGAAUGUCCAAAUGAUAAACCUGCGCUAGUUCGCGGAACUAUUGGAUCAAAUGGAUUUACCGGUCUUUAUCUUCAAGAUUCUGAUGAAGAUGCUCUUGAAAGAGCGAUGGAAGCUUCGGUUUCAUCGAUGCGUUCACAUGAAAUACUGUCUCGUCUUCAUAACAACAUAGCGGAGAGUCUGAAGCAGAGCGAUACUUUACAAGGUGUCUCGCUUACAACGGGAACACCAAGCGAAAUGGAUUUGUACCGCAGGGCAAGUCAACUAGAAGAGUAUGCAAUGCAAAGAGUAAAACAAAUCGAAGAUGAGAAGAACCAAAAGAAGAGUAAACUACUUCUGAACUGUUGUCAAGCUAGUAUGCUAUCAUCGGGUAGUACUGUUAUUGAUAAUAACAUGCUGGAGAAACGACAAAAAGAUCGAGAAGAAGAUGACAAACGUCGAGAUGAGCUCAAAGCACGCAGGCAACAGUUGAAGCUUGAAGAGAGUGAACUCCGCCGUGAGCGUCAAAUGAUAGAUAAGCAACUCGAUGGUCGAUCAUUACCAUCAGCUCUUAUGAGACAAAUCACAUAUCAGUUACACAAUCUCUCUGUAAAUAAGAGCAGUAGUGCGAAAAUGCGUGGAGCAUCAGACUCAUUACCAUCAACGCCCACGAUAUCGCAUAAAAAACUCAAUCCUCCUUGCCGAACACCUUCUUUAACGAACUGCUCUUCUCUGCUCUCAAACAAUCAGCCAUCGACAUCUGUUCCAAAAAUAACGAAACGUGAAGGAAGUCAUUCACGGAAAACAAGCAAGUCUCGAGACAAACGAGAUCGUAGGAAUUCUGAGGAUCAGGAUGAAAUUCGUUCUCCUUAUGCUAAGGUGACAAGUCCUCGUCUGGGCAACGGUCCUUCGAGCAGUGGCAGAGGCUCUGAUGCUGGUGAAGAUUCAGCUGUCCAGAAGAAUAGGAAGCGACAAAGUUAUUCAGCUUCGUCUGGUUACGAAUCUGGAGCAGGAGAUUACCAUACGUAUCACAAAGAUUCCCGUUUUGACAAACUGAGAGUUUUUGAUAAGAGACUCAACCUUGGUCGUGAAGCUGAUAAUUUGAGGGAAUCACAGAGACAAUUAAAGAAUGAUCUGACAGUGGCAAAACAACGAAUAGGUCAGAUUGAUGAUGCCCGAAUGAUCAGCCUUGAUACAAAGCACAGUGGGAUCAGUCAAGCAACAUUAGUCGAUACGCUGAUGCAGGAGAAUCGUAUUCUGGAGAAACGCCUGGUGGCUUGUCAAAAUCAUAUUAUGCUGGUGACUUCUUUCCUGUGA